CUUCCUGAUUGACUACCAGGGACAGGUGUGUCCUGAUUGCCAAUCAGGUACAGGUGAGGGAGCCAACGUUCGGACCAGAGGAGAAGUGGUGGCAUCUGGAAUGCAAUGGACAGCAAACAAACACAGGAACAAACCAUGUCCGAACUUUUCAUGACAGGAGAGAGCUGCUGACGCUGAGCUGGAGGACAAUAAAAGGUGAAAGAAGUGUCCAUUUCAUCACACAAGAAUUUCAGCUGGACUCAGGGAGGAGCAGACAGCAUUUUACUAUCUUCUUACCAAGAUGAACAGGUGCUUUGGGAUUUUGUGUGCAUCGCUCCUCUUUUGUUCAAUGUUCUCUGACACCAUCCAGCUGGCAAAGGAGAAAAGAGGCUGGACUCUCAAUAGUGCCGGCUACUUAUUAGGUCCCCAUGGUGUAAAUGGACACAAGCCUGGUCUUGCUGGCAAGAGAGACAUGGACCAGGAGGAGGACUUCAGAACAGUGGAUGCAGCCUUAAGGUGCUAUGCUAGGCAUUCAUGGACUUUGGUCUCUUCUGGUUUGAUACCCAAAGGAACGCAGAUGAAGACAUUUUCCACACUGUUAUUGACUUCCUGUCAUACCUCAAAUUUAAAGAAAUGAUUGCCUUGAAAAGCCUGACAUCUUCUGUGACAUCUGAUUAACGGCUAAUGCAUCAUCAUAUAUCAACACCUGUUAUCAACUGUUGGUACUGAAAUAACUGUUGUUAACUUGACAGUAAAUGUACUUGUCUUCUCAAACUAUUUUGUCAGUGGUUGUCUGGUUAUAACCAUCAUAUUGAGCUUGGUUGUCACCCAAUACAGACAUGAUGAUAUUUAAUAACAUUUAUUUUCAAAUGUAAAUAAACAUUAUAUCAAAGGUGUAAAUGUG